AUGUUGGAGGGACAUCAAGUUUUAGGCUUUGGCUUCUUUGUAAUUGGUUUGUGGCACUUCUUCAACACCAUCAAGCUCCAUGCUCUUUGUUCCAAGUCCUUCACAUCAACCCUAUGGUUUCCCACCACAAAGUCAAGAUAUUUGGAGCUCUACUUUGUCAUGGCAAGCAGCGCAAUCUUCAUUUCCCUUGAGCUCUUCAUCGCUCCCGUUCAUCACCAACCAUUUGACCCUGAUGGAACCAUUCCCACGAACCAUCUCCAUAAUUUUGAACACUCCUCCAUGGCCAUGUCCUUCUUGAUCUAUGCCAUCUUUGCCCUAGUUCUUGAUGCAAAAUGCUCCAAAGCUCAGCAUGAGUUAACUCAUUUCUUAGGAUCCUUAGCUUUUGCACAAGAAUAUUUUCUUAUGCGCGUUCACUCCAGAAUUGGAUUAGAAGGCCAAUACCACUACUUCUUGCAACUUCUGAUCCCUGUUUCUUUUAUCACAACGCUCAUGGGAAUUGGCUACCCUAAGAGCUUCAUGGUCAGCUUUGUUCGUUCUCUGAGCAUAGUCUUCCAAGGUUUGUGGCUUAUGAUCGCAGGGUUUCUGCUUUAUACACCCGGGUUUCAACCCAAAGGGUGCGUCACGCACCUUAAAGAAUAUAAGGUCACAUGCAAUGAUGAUAAGGCUCAUCACCGUGCUGUUGCAUUGGUGAACAUUCAAUUCAGUUGGCUGUUGAUUGGAGUCACCAUUUUCGCUAUGUCUUUCUACAUGUUUCUGAUUAGAAUAUAUGGUGCUAAAGUGGAGUAUGUUUCCUUGAGAAAGGAGGAAUAUUACCCUGAAGAAGAUGGCUCAAACAUUGACGCUGAAUCCCAAAAGAAAAGCUUGGAAGAGAAAAUUUAA